GACGGAGGAGAGGAGGGAGGAGGCCCGGAGGAUUUGGCCAGCUUCCCAUUGCAGAAGCACCAGCUGAUGGGUCCUCACAACGUACUGUCCUUAGUAGCCUCGCAGAUGACCGGAGCUGGGCCUUUCUCCGCAUCCAACAAAAACAACCACCAUCACCACAACAAUAACUCUGCUGCGGAGUCAUGUCAAAACACUACAAGAGUGAGAUUCUCAGAAAAUUAUGGGAGUGUCAACUUCAACUUUUUUUUUUUUUUUUUUUUCUUCUUACUGAAACUUGGGGAAAUCUUCUUUGUCUGGACCCAAUCAUUCUGAAAUCCGGGCACUGGCUGAUAUCAUCCACGAUUCCACUUCUCGGAAGGCAGAUGCGAGUGGAGCAAAUAACAUCCCAGAACUGCCUGGUUUUCGCUGCUCCUGCUCCGUCUGCUGUUGCUGGUUUGUUAGUCAGGAACCGGCCCAGCCCUGACUGCCCUUGAAAAUUAAUUUGUUUGUUUCGCGGUGUUCUGUGUUCGCUGGUUUUCU